UUUCUAUUCAGUUAAAGUUUGUGAUGAAUAUGAUGGACGUCGAUCCCAAUGGCAACGUACUAAAUUAGAAAAAACUAUUAUUUGUUAUAUAAAUGGAGUUCGAUCAAUUGAAAAAGGUCUUUCUACAUUUGGUAAAGAUGGUCGCUUUCAAAGUUGGUGCUGUUUAGCUUGCAAACUUCAUUUACUAUCAGAUUGGUUUCAAUUAUUAAGUCAAUGCAGUGAUGCAUGUCUACAACAAUUCUAUGAUCCAUUAAAUAAUUGUUUCCGACAAGAGAAACUUAAUCAAUUCAUUAUCAAUAUUUUAGAGCCUGUUAAAGAUUUUGAUUUCGCUCAUUUGGAACCGGCAUUACUCAAAGGACUUGCUGGUGUUUAA